UUGUUAAUAUAUAUAUAUUUUUAAAAAUUCUCCUAAAAAAAUAAAAAUAAAAAAAAAAGCCCAAAGCUUUGUAAUGUAUAUCUAAUCUAAGAAAGUUAAGAGCCUAAAGUUAGCUCUCCUACCCCAACUACACUCCAUUAAUUUUUUCACUUACUAUCUUCCAAACCAAUUUCCUACCUUCAUUAUCCCAUUUGGAUCCCCAUCUUCAUUCCCAUUUAUUCUCUCUUUUGGUAAUGGAUCUUGCAUAAGAUUGGUACUUAAAGUUAAGAGCUUUAUUCUUGUUUUUCUAGAAAUUUGUUCAAUUGAGUCUUUUCCAAGAUGAAGGUAAACGUAAUCUCACGAAGUGGUAGAGAAGUAAUCAAGGGUGGCCUUGAGCUCAAUGACUCUGCCACUGUGGAUGAUCUACAGGAGGCGAUUCAUAAGAGAACAAAAAAGUUCUACCCUUCAAGACAGAGACUUACACUCCCCGUCCAACAGGGAUCGAAAGAGAGGCCCGUUGUCCUCAGCUCGAAAAAGAGUCUCAAAGAAUACACCAAUGGAAACUCCAAUGACUUGACUGUUGUGUUCAAAGAUCUCGGUCCACAAGUUUCAUACCGAACUCUCUUUUUCUUCGAGUACUUAGGUCCUUUGAUCAUUUACCCUCUAUUUUACUACUUCCCGGUGUAUAGGUACUUUGGAUUCAAAGACGAGCCUGUCAUCUACCCCGUGCAGACGUUUGCCCUUUACUACUGGUGUUUCCAUUACUUCAAACGCAUUAUGGAAACGUUCUUUGUUCAUCGGUUUAGCCAUGCUACCUCACCACUCUCAAAUGUUUUUAGAAAUUGUCUUUACUAUUGGUCAUUUGGAUCUUACAUAGCUUACUAUGUUAAUCACCCUCUUUACACACCUGUUAGUGACCUACAAAUGAAGAUUGGUUUCGGGUUUGGAAUACUAUGUCAAAUCUCAAACUUCUAUUGCCAUAUCUUGCUUAGUAAUCUUCGCGGUGCUGAUGGGAGUGGAGGGUAUCAAAUUCCACGCGGGUUUUUGUUCAACAUUGUCACUUGUGCAAAUUACACAACCGAGAUUUAUCAGUGGUUAGGUUUCAACAUCGCUACACAGACAAUCGCCGGUUAUAUCUUCCUUGUUGUUGCUGCUUAUAUAAUGACCAAUUGGGCCCUUGCAAAGCACCGUCGCUUGAAGAAGCUAUUCGAUGGAAAAGACGGAAGGCCUAAGUAUCCUCGCAGAUGGAUAAUACUACCACCAUUUCUGUAGAACAGUUUAGCGAGCUAGCUAGCGAUCGAUCGAGCAAUGUCUACUAUUUACUUUUUGCCCUCCAAACAGUAUGAAUUGUUAGAGCUCCAUUUUCACCAGAGCUGAUUUUUUUUUGUUGUUGUUGUUGUUGCAUUUUUCAGACCCAAAUUUUCUAGUGUUUUUAGUUUAAGUUUACAAAUGUAAUGGAUUUCAAUGAAUAAUUAUUCUAGUUGGCUAA